UCAGGUGUCUGCGGCUGUUCCCAUUGUUUUGUGUGUAUGAGUUAUACUCCUGUAAGGGGCUGGGUAGUGGAUCCGCUGGCCUGUGUGGACAAUGACUGGACCAUACCAGGGAGCGGAGUCUAAAGUGGCGCUGGUUUUCACCAGAGCCUGCCGCAAAGCGGGAUGGACUUGCUGCAGCAGGCGGCACCCAGGUCACUACCCAUGGCCCGAUCCGUCCACACAGGUUGCCCAGAUGGAAGACGUAGUCAGAUGAAGCACAGGUCAGAAGGGCAGGCAGCUAGGAAGUGUAGUCGGUUAACAGGCACAAGGUCAGGAGGCAGGCGGUAAAGGAGUAAGGUCAGAUCACGAGCUGGAGGUUAGGAACACUAAGUAGGCAAACACUGAGGAACGCUUUCUCUUGGCAUAAGGCGCAAAGAUCUGGCACCAAGAUAGGGAGGUGCCGGACUUAAAUAAGGUCUGUCCUGCAGCUGAACAAUUAAAGACGUACUGGCCCUUUAAAUCUAGUAGCAUCGGAACGUGUGCGACCUAAGGAAAGGGGAGGCGCGCGUUGGAGAUGCACAGAGAGAGGGGACCAGGAACACUGUGGGGUAAGGAGAUGCCUGGGUCUCGUCCCGCACAGCGAGUCCCGGAGCUGCCGCAGCCAUCAGAAGGGGUGCGCUCACGGGUUGGUUUACUGUUUUGUAGAAAGACGUUACUCACAGUUAUGCAGCAUAUAUAUAUAUAUAUAUAUAUAUAUAUACAUAUAUAUAUAGAUAUGGUCUCCCAGUACCGCAUUCUAUACGGUUCUAUUCAUGUUGCGAUCGUCUGGUCCGGUCAGCACAGACAGAGCUGAACUGCUGCCGGAAAAGUACGCGAAGAAAUCCCGCGCUGUGCCUGGACGCCAAGUUGCUGUAUCCCAGCCGAAAGGGAACUCAGAGAUGCAGGAAUUGUUUCUGGAGUGACCGGAAGUCGAGGCUGCACUGAUAGUGUCCUUCCUGCCCAGCACCAUUUUGGAGAAGCCCACUAUAAAAGACGCCACACAGAGCAACCUCUCCAGUCUGCAAAGAGAGACGGAGAGUACGGACAUGGCGGAGAGCAGCGUUCCACGUGGUCAAGUUGGUAAAAUGGUGCCGGAAACAUGAAAAUUUGUGGCAGUCGCAGCCCAACUUUUUCAAGAGCUUGCUGACCGUCUGCAGCGGUUGUCAUUAGACGAAGAGGGGGCCUGUAAUCUUCCCCCACUGCCUGAUGAUGACGACGACGAUUGGCCAGAGACACCUCCAGCGAACAGUGCAGGGACACCUGGAGGUGCGUCACCGGUGAGAUUGUCCCCUCACCACAGGACCUGGGGCUCGUGGGCCGAGAUCCCGUCGGAGGAGUCUGCUGUGAGUACCCAGCCAGAGGCGGCCAAUUCUUCCUCCUCCAGCCCUGAGGUCAUUCCUCGAUCAAGCUUGCCAAGUGCACGACCGUGCUCACCAAAAUUGCCGCAAUGGGUGUUCGGAGAUGAGCCGGAGCUGAUCGAGUACAUGCACAGAGUACUUCAACCAUUACCUGGGAAGACACUCCCACCAAUCCCAACUGCAGAAGGGGAAAGGGCCCGUCAAGAAGCCGAGCUGGCCGAAUUGAUGGAAAAGCUAAAGGCCCGAUACAAAGGACUCUACGCUCCAAAGCACGUGCAUUUGCCCUAUGAAGAAAGAGUGCGGUAUCAAGAAAAUAUCAAAGAAAUGGAGGCAUUGUACAUCCGUAAAUGGGAUCACCCCCGAGAAGGGGAGGAGCCAUUGGAAAGGAGAAGAGCAAUUGUGGCCAAGUUCGACGAGGUCAGAGGUUAUGGGACACUCCUUGACUGCCACACUGGGCAGACCAUCCUCGUAAACCGGCGAGCAGUUCAAAGGCCAUAUCUCCAUAAGAAGUUCAACACCUUGGAGGUGGGUGAAAUUGUGGAGUACACCCCCAUCCACAGCCUUCGUAGAGAAUGGGCUGCAGCGGUCACCAGACCAACAGCCCCAACACAGCUUCCUUUCAAAUGUUUACCGUCAACGGAUUGGGAGUCCGAUCCCUUCAACUUGAGGCCGACAAGGUCUGCUCCUAAAGCCUCCACCAGCGUACCCAAGGAGGAGGAGCCUCAACAGUCAAGUUCAACAUCUUCUAUGUACAGUAAAGAGCCAAGUUCUUCAUUUUCUACAGAUCGUUGAGAGUCAAGUCCUGCUCAAGUUCAAGAAAGCAAGCCCAAAUUGAGGGCACCAAAGAUCGUACCUAGACCCUCUCAGAGCAAUGAGAGUUUGUCUGUUCCAGAGGUACCAACACACGUACCUAGGCCCUCUUCUGACAUGGAGAGUUUGCCUGCUUCCAGGGUACCAACAAAAGGGUCAUGGGUUGCUCCUAAUUUGGAGAUGGUGCUCAAGCCCUAUUGCCCCACUGUGAUCCCGGCUUGUAAGCCUAAAACCCCUUCUCAAGCUACCUUCCCCCACUCCAUCCUCACCAAUGUGGUGUGGCAAAGUUAUGUUAAGUCUAAUCCUGCCCCUGACGUUGGCAGAUAUAGAGGAACCAAGAGAGGCACAACAAGAGUAAAGAAGAACAUCUUCUAAAGAGACUCUAAAGUAAUGUCUUAUUGUUUUUCUGUCUAACCAUUUUGUCUUACAGUAACCAAGUUCAAGAAAAGUGCCUAGAAGGACUGUGCUAAGUUUGUUUCAGUUUAAAGUUCAGCAACGUAACCACCAAGCUUGUGCCUGACUAUUAAGUCAAGAGACUCCUAGCCUGUAGGAGAUUCAUCAAGGACUGUACCCGGCUGAGUUGUGGUUAAGGCCGUGUUCACUUUUCUUUGAACUCCUAGUAUAGGUGGACUGCUGAUCCUUACACGCCAAUCUGUAUAUUUUCUUUGAACUCCUAUGUAGGUGGACUGCUGAUCCUUACACGUCUGCUUCAUGUAUAUACCAGCAGCUUCAUAAGAACUCUUAUGAUAAAUGUUGCACUUAUCGGGUGAAUACACCUGAAAUAUGUUGGAGUGUUGAUAAAUGUAAAGUAAAUAUGUAUAUGGUUCUGUACACAGGAAGGUAUCCUUGUAUCUGUGUACAUAAAUAGUAAGUACAUAGAAAAUAUAGUCAAAUGUCUAUGUACAUUAAAGUAAGUUAGAGUUGUACAUGGAAAAUAUCGACGUACUGCACGUGUACACUCCACACUAAAAAUAUAUAUAAUUAUUGUACAUACAAAUGUAUAAUAAACUAAAGGUGUUUAGUAGGUAACUCAGCAGGGGACACCUCGGCUCCUCUGAGGGUAGUAUUAUUGUUGUCGCCCAUCGCUAGCACCUGUCUCAACCAAAAAUGAUAGGGAGGAUUCCCUUUCAUAUAGUACUUUCACAUAGUACUCUAGAUUGCUCACUUAGUGUACUACCUCAAAAUUUCUCUAGUACAUACACAAAAACAAAUAAAUAUCUCACUUAACCCCUUAACGACGCAGGACGUAUAUUUACAUCCUGCGCCGGCUCCCGCGAUAUGAAGCGGGAUCGCGCCGCAAUCCCGCAUCAUAUCACGUGGGUCCCGGCGCUAAUCAACGGCCGGGACCG